AUUACCUUUAUUGGUUUGGGAUUGGCAUUUUCCAUUCUGGAAUUGAGGCUCAUAAUUUGGAAUAUUGCUAUGGAGCUCACGAGUAUCCAACAAGUGGGGUAUAUGAGGUAGAACCUAGGAGCUGUCCAGGGUUCAUCUUUAGACGGUCGGUUUUAUUGGGAACUACCAGCAUGUCCCGUUCAGAUUUCCGCUCAUACAUGGAGAAGCUUUCAAGAAAAUACCAUGGUGACACUUACCAUUUGAUUGCCAAGAACUGUAACCAUUUCACCGAAGAAGUAUGCUUGCAGCUUACAGGAAAGCCUAUUCCAGGAUGGAUUAAUCGGCUAGCCCGAGUAGGUUCGUUCUGUAAUUGUCUUCUGCCAGAAAGUAUUCAGCUUACAGCUGUUAGUGCUCUUCCCGAACGCCUCGAAUUCUCCGAUGAGGAGGAAUCAAACUCAGAGGCAUCUUCUGUGUCGGAUGAAGAAGGAUCAGAGCAGCAUCUCAUAAAUGCAGCAGACAGAGAAAUUGUAGAAAUAGGAGACGGAGAAAAGGACUCAUGGUUCAUGCCAUUGAUAAAGCAAACUAGUUUAGCGUGUGAGAAAGUGAAAACGAUGAAAGAGUUGAGUCAAGGUUACAACAUUGUUGCAGAGUCUCAAGGAAACUUAGUCGCUAGAGGACUAAUCGAGUUUUGCGAUAAUGCUCCUCCUGUCAUUAACUAUAUCUCCUUAGGAGGUCCUCAUGCUGGCAUUGCCAAAAUCCCUAAGUGUGCUUCUGGUCCAAUAUGUGAUAUAGGUGAAGCUAUGUUGAAGUUAGAGGUCUAUACUGACUUCGUACAAGAUCAUAUUGCUCCUAGUGGUUAUAUCAAGAUUCCUGGUGAAUUCUCAAAGUAUUUGGAACACUCAAAGUAUCUACCAAAGGUUAACAAUGAGAGACCUGACGAAAGAAACUCCACUUUCAAAGACCGAUUCACUAACUUACACAACUUAGUUCUUGUCAUGUUCGAGAGCGAUACAACAUUAAUCCCUAAAGAAACUGCAUGGUUUGGAUAUUAUGAAGAUGAUGGAUUCGAUACUCUUUUGUCAACUCAACAGACAAAGUUGUACAGAGAAGAUUGGAUUGGUCUGAAAGCAUUGGAUGUUGCCGGAAAAGUGAAGUUUGAAAGUGUGUUAGGGGACCAUCUCAGUAUAUCGGAUGAGGAGGUUGUGGAAUAUGUUGUGCCUUACUUAAUGGAAAGAUGGAUUAGAGAUCAAUGCUCCAAUGGUGGAGUGAGCAGCUUCGUACAGCUCCUUAGCAACCUCUCUAGCUCCCCUGGAUCUUGCUUAGAAAUAGGAGAUGGAGAGCAAGAUUCGGUGACUAUGCCGCUUACGCAACAAGCGAGUGUAGCGUGUGAGAAAGUUAAAAAGAUGAAAGAGUUGAGUCAAGGCUACAACAUUGUUGCACAGUCUCAAGGAAACUUGGUAGCUAGAGGACUAAUCGAGUUUUGCGACAAUGCUCCACCGGUCUUCAACUAUAUAUCUUUAGGAGGUCCUCACGCUGGCAUAUCUGACAUCCCCAAGUGUAAUUCUACACUUUGCGAGUUGCUGAAAACAGAGGUCUACACCGACUUCGUACAAGAUCAUAUUGCUCCAAGUGGUUAUAUCAAGAUCCCUACCGAUAUAAAAAAUUACCUGGAACACUCCAAAUAUCUGCCACAGCUUAACAACGAGAGACCUAAAGAAAGGAACGCCACUUUUAAAGACCGGUUCACUAGCUUGCACAACUUGGUCCUUGUCAUGUUUGAGGGUGAUACAGUAGUGAUUCCUAAAGAAAGUUCUUGGUUCGGAUAUUACCCGGAUGGAGCUUCCACACCUCUUUUGUCUCCUCAACAGACAAAGCUCUAUACUGAGGAUUGGAUUGGUCUGAAAACCUUGAAUACUGCCGGAAAAGUUAAGUUUGUCAGUGUCCAUGGCGAGCACCUAAGAAUAGCUCAAGAGGACGUUGUAAAAUACGUCGCGCCUUACCUCAAGAACCAGCCUGCGUCUAUGAGGUUUGGAGGUGAAUGCUCCAAUAAUAAAGUUAGCAACUUAACACAGUUUCUUAUCAACCACUCCGGCUACCCUGGAACUUGCGUAGAAAUAGGAAAUGGAGUGCAAGAUUCCUUGUUCAUGCCGCUUAGGCAACAAGCAAGCAUAGCUUGUGAGAAAAUUAAACAGAUGAAAGAGCUGAGUGAAGGUUACAACAUCGUUGCAGAGUCUCAAGGAAACUUAGUCGCUAGAGGACUAAUCGAGUUUUGCGACAAUGCUCCACCAGUCAUCAACUAUGUCUCCUUAGGCGGACCUCAUGCUGGCGUCGCUGCAAUCCCCAAGGGGUGUACUUCUCCAUUUUGCAUGCUCCUGAAGGCGGUGUUUGCAGUGAUUUACACUGAUCUCGCUCAAGACCAUACUGCUCCAAGUGGUUAUGUCAAAAAACCUAUGGAAAUAGCAAAUUAUCUGGAACACUCCAAGUAUCUGCCAAAGCUAAACAACGAGAGACCUGGAGAGAAGAACUCCACUUUUAAAGACCGUUUCACCAGCUUGCAAAACUUGGUUCUCAUCAUGUUUAGAAAUGAUACAAUAUUGGUUCCAAGAGAAACUUCUUGGUUCGGAUAUUACCCGGAUGGAGCUUCAUCUUCAACACCUGUUUUGCCUCCUCAAAAGACAAAGCUCUACACUGAGGAUUGGAUUGGUCUGAAAACCUUGGAUGAUGCUGGAAAAGUGAAGUUUAUUAGUGUCCCUGGCGGACACAUCGAAAUAGCGGAAGAAGACCUUGUCAAAUACGUUGUGCCUUACCUCCAGAACGAGUCUACGUUCACUUCUGAACACGAGGCAAUGUAGACAUUGCAAUCUUGAACCCAUCUAAUAAAAAAGGCCUCAUCCGAAAAUAAUAAGGUCCUAUAUCAUCAAUGUAACAUCAUCAUCUAUGUAUCACAGUAUCAGUGAGAUUAAAAUAAAAGCUUCAUCAUUUA